CGGUACCAGUCAGCAAGCGCACUUUAAUAUUCCAGUGGCUGUGGAAGAAGUGUUUCCAGAGAGAGAGAGAGGGAGAGAGGGAGGGAGGAAAGGAGAGAGAGAGAGAGAGAGAGAGAGAGAGAGAGGGAAUAUGAGGGCAGUACUCAAGAUGAGCCUGCGCUUUGAGGCUGUACAAAACUAGACCCUGAGGCCAUUCUCUGAGCUCUGCCUCUUUAGGGAAUCUGACUGUGCAAGAGAAAAGAGAAGUGAGCUGGUAUCUGAUGAGCUGAUGCAUUGGGCGUCCAGCUGAGAUGCCGCGACGCUGACGGUCCUGCCCCGUCUGUCGAACCGGACCAAUGAUGAUAAUGAAGAUGAUGAUGUCCACACGGUGCGUGUAGCGCUAAAUCACCACUAACGGACCCUUACGAGACACUCCACUCUGAUCCGCGCUCAUUCAAACUUCAGAUGGACUGCCUUCACUCAGCACUGACCAGUAAAAUGAAUUGGAUCACACUCCUGCUGGCCGGCUUGACUUUUUUGGGCAAAGUGUCCUUGCACAGCUGCUUAGAUUAUGAUGACAGUUAUGAUUAUUAUGAAGAUGAAAAAACAGAAACGAUAGACUACAAGGAUCCCUGCAAAGCUGCUGUAUUUUGGGGAGAUAUUGCCUUGGAUGAAGAGGACUUGAAAAUGUUUCAGAUCGAUGGAACGAUAGAGCUUUCACAGCAGUCACAUGGGAGACAGGGUCACACGUCGGGUGGUUUAGGAGAGCAUAAUCCCAGUAAGAAGAGUGGUUCGUUAUAUCUGUUGCUGGACAGAAUACGAAGGUUAGGUUUUGAGUCGUGGCCAGUGAACGCCAGUAAAGAUGUGUCGAGCUCCAAAGCUGGAGGGAAGAGUGUAAACAGCGGCAGAGGUGUGAAGUCUCGAGUGCCACGUGCUGCCACAUCCCGAGCUGAGAAGAUCUGGCCUGGAGGCGUCAUCCCUUAUGUCAUAGGAGGCAACUUCACUGGAAGUCAGAGGGCCAUGUUAAAGCAAGCAAUGAGACACUGGGAGAAACAGACAUGUGUGACAUUCAUUGAGAAAACUGAUGAGGAGAGCUACAUUGUCUUCACCUAUAGACCCUGCGGGUGUUGCUCUUAUGUCGGCCGUCGUGGCAAUGGUCCCCAGGCAAUAUCCAUUGGGAAGAACUGUGACAAGUUUGGCAUUGUCGUUCAUGAACUUGGACACGUAAUAGGCUUUUGGCACGAGCACACACGACCUGACCGUGACGAUCAUGUGACCAUCAUUCGGGACAACAUCCAACCAGGUCAGGAGUAUAACUUCAUUAAGAUGGAACCAGGGGAUGUCAACUCUCUUGGUGAGCCGUAUGAUUUUGACAGCAUCAUGCAUUAUGCCAGAAACACUUUCUCCAGAGGAAUGUUUUUGGACACGAUUCUUCCCUCUCGUGAUGAGAAUGGUGUCAGGCCUGCUAUCGGUCAAAGAACUAGACUCAGCAAAGGAGAUAUAUCCCAAGCCAAGAAGCUAUACAGAUGUCCAGCAUGUGGUGAAACACUGCAGGACUCAGUGGGGAAUUUCUCAUCUCCAGGAUAUCCUAAUGGAUACCCAUCAUAUACACACUGUGUAUGGAGGAUCUCCGUCACACCUGGGGAGAAGAUAGUGUUAAACUUCACCACUAUGGACCUCUACAAGAGCAGCCUGUGCUGGUAUGACUAUAUUGAGGUUCGUGAUGGAUAUUGGAGAAAAGCGCCAUUGCUGGGUCGCUUCUGUGGUGAUAAAAUUCCAGAAGUGUUGGUCUCUACCGACAGUCGGAUGUGGAUUGAAUUCCGCAGUAGCAGUAACUGGGUCGGAAAGGGAUUCGCAGCAGUCUAUGAAGCAAUAUGUGGAGGGGAGAUCAGUAAGGAAUUUGGACAGAUUCAGUCUCCAAACUAUCCAGAUGACUACCGUCCAUCUAAGGAAUGUGUGUGGAGGAUCACGGUGUCCGAGGGCUACAGUGUGGGCUUGAGCUUUCAGGUCUUUGAGAUCGAGAGGCAUGACAGCUGUGCAUAUGACUACCUAGAAGUUAGAGAUGGCCUAACUGAGAACAGCCCUCUGAUUGGUCGAUUCUGUGGCUAUGAUAAACCUGAAGAUAUCCGUUCCACCUCUAAUACCCUCUGGAUGAAAUUUGUCUCUGAUGGGACGGUUAAUAAAGCAGGCUUUGCUGCAAAUUUCUUCAAAGAGGAAGACGAGUGUCUGAAACCAGAUAAGGGGGGCUGUGAACAGAGAUGUUUUAACACACUAGGAAGCUUCAAAUGUGCCUGUGAUCCUGGAUACGAACUGGCCCCUGACAAGAAGAGCUGUGAAGCUGCAUGUGGUGGUUUGCUGACUAAGUUGAAUGGCACAAUUACUACCCCAGGUUGGCCUAAGGAAUACCCUCCCAAUAAGAACUGUGUGUGGCAAGUAGUGGCUCCCACUCAAUACCGCAUAUCCAUGCAGUUUGAAACCUUUGAACUAGAGGGAAAUGAGGUGUGCAAGUAUGACUAUGUUGAAGUGCGGAGCGGUUUGUCAUCUGACUCGAAGCUUCAUGGGAAAUACUGCGGUACAGAGGUUCCUGAGGUUAUCACCUCCCAGUACAACAACAUGCGAAUCGAGUUCAAAUCUGACAACACAGUCUCCAAGAAAGGCUUCAAAGCUCAUUUCUUCUCCGAUAAAGAUGAAUGUUCAAAGGAUAAUGGUGGAUGCCAGCAUGAGUGUAUUAACACUAUUGGCAGCUAUGUGUGCCAGUGCCGCAACGGCUUUAUUCUUCAUGAGAACAAACAUGACUGCAAGGAAGCUGAGUGUGAGCACAAGAUUCACAGCACAAGUGGAAUCAUCAGCAGUCCGAACUGGCCUGACAAAUACCCCAGCAGGAAGGAGUGCACAUGGGACAUCACGGCAACCCCAGGCCACCGGGUCAAGAUUUCUUUUAAUGAGUUUGAGAUUGAGCAGCACCAAGAAUGCGCAUAUGAUCACCUGGAGGCCUUUGACGGUGACUCGGACAAGACGCCUAUCCUGAGCCGUCUGUGUGGCAGUAAGAUUCCAGAACCGCUCAUUUCCACAGGCAACAAGAUGUACCUGCGCUUCAUCUCCGAUGCCUCAGUGCAAAGGAAAGGCUUUCAGGGCACCCAUUCCACUGAAUGUGGCGGUAGGUUAAAAGCAGAAGCACGGCAGAAGAACCUGUAUUCUCAUGCUCAGUUUGGGGAUAAUAACUACCCUGGUCACACCGACUGCGAGUGGCUCAUAAUGGCAGAGUCUGGUUAUGGCAUCGAGCUCACCUUCGCCACCUUUGAGGUAGAGGAGGAGGCCGACUGCGGGUACGACUACAUCGAACUUUACGAUGGUUACGACACUGGAGCGCACAAACUCGGACGCUUUUGUGGAUCUGGGCCUCGUGAGGAGCUUUACACUGCUGGCGAUGCCGUGUUGAUUCAUUUCCACUCUGAUGACACAAUCAGUAAGAAAGGCUUCCAUAUCCUCUACACUAGCACAAAGUUUCAGGAGGCUCUACACACACGCAAGUAACAUCUCCCCGAGAGGUGAAAUAGACUCUAGAGAGACUGAGAUCAGGGAUAAAAUGUUACAACAAGGAGAACAGACUCCAGAGAACUAUUGAGAUUGAUUUAUGUCAAUCAGAAACCCUGCCGUGAUGUGUUUCCUGCAUUGGAUUUGCCUCUUUAUGUUCAGCCACUACGGAAGUGCUGUCAUAUUGACCCUAAACACCAAUCAGCUGCUCUUAUGUGUAGGAUAGCUCCGCCCACUGGAGUGGUAUCCUGCGCUCUCUGACUGGACCAGUGUAGUAAAUCAACCCCUGGAAAAAAAAACACACACACUCAUACCCAAAACUUUUGUUGGCUCACCGUUCUUCAGAUAAGCCAGUUAUAUAUAUAGAGUUGCACACUGAAACUAAGACACAGUGACAAUAAGAUAACAAGGAACUGCUAUUGUGUGUGUGUGUGUGUGUGUGUGCAUAUUGCUCUAGACAGCAUGGACAGUUUGGCUGCUGAUGCCACACCACACUGUACCUCAAAUAAACUGUGUGUUUGUGGAUGUGUGUGUUUGAGAGAGAGAGAGAGAGAGAGAGAUAGGCCUUCAAAUACCAGCCUGAACUCAUUCACAUGUUUUUAAAUUCAUGUGGUUGUUAUUUUACAAUUAUUCUGUUAGCUUAAUGGCAAAACUCAUUUGUGCAAAAGUAAAUUGUAAAUAGUAAAUAUGUAGCCCUAUUUAACAAUAAGCUUCCUGACAUACAUGUAGCCCAUUGUUUACGCUGUGACGAAUAUAAUUUGACAAAAGGGGUUAGAACUACACGACAGUUAUUCCUAAAGCAGCGUUGGUGCACAUGAAUUUGUAUGUGAAAUCUGUGCAAACAUGA